CAUAGCAUAGUUUUUAGAGUUGAAGUGUUAAACCCAUUCUCCGAAUACACUACCCUUGAGCCGCAGCUUCGGUCGAGCCAAGAGAGAGAGAGAGAGAGAGAUGUGGAGAAGAUUUUCGACGCAGCUCCGAACGCUAUACCCGCCUCCCUCCUCCGCCGUCAAACCCAACCAUAUCGCAGCGGCAUCCACCACUACCCAUCCGUCUACUGCCUCUGCAGGAAAUGUUGAUUCGGGGAAGUGGCGUGCACUUGGUCAUAACAUUGGAACCAGAGAAGGGCUUCCUGUAGACUCUAAGAAAAAUGGCGUUGCUUCUGUUUCAUCGUGUUAUAUUGAUCCUAGAUCCAGUUUUUCAAAACUAUCAACGAUGGGGCCUAUGUUUCCUAGAAGAUUCAUUGCAACUAUAGGAACCCCUUUGGAUACUGUUUCUCAAGAUGCUUCAACUUCUGACUCUCUGGUGACUCCACGUAUCAAGUUUAAGAGGCUUGAUAAGACAGCAAAGCACAUAAUGCAGAUUCUCGAUAAGGAAGCAGUUGAAGAAGUGAGGACACAGAAAGAGAUACCUGAUAUAAGGCCUGGUUAUAUUUUACAGCUCAAAGUGGAAAUACCAGAAAAUAAGAGACGUGUUUCAAUAAUCAAAGGAAUAGUAAUAGCAAGACGAAAUGCUGGUUUGAAUACUACAUUCAGAUUAAGAAGACUUGUUGCAGGGGUUGGUGUUGAAUCCCUCUUCCAUCUAUACUCUCCCAAUAUAAAGGAGGUGAAGGUGGUGGACAAGAAGAAGGUGAGGAGGGCCAAGCUGUAUUAUCUCAGGGAUAGAAUGAAUGCAUUGAAGAAACAAUAAACAAGAAGUCUAGAUAGUGGGAUGGAAGAAGGUAUGAGCUGGCUGUAUCCUUUGAAAUUCCGUGCAAGGUUAAGUGUUGAGAGCAAGAAAUGGAAGAAGAAUUAUAUUUUGCUAUAAGUUUUCUAUUGAUGGUAGUAUUAACGAAGCUGUAUCAACAGCAUUCCCUUUGUUGAUGUUACCCACAAUGUAGUUCCCCUCCCCUAUGUUGGAGAAGCUAAUGGAAGAAAAUGAAAUCCUCAG